AUGGCUACCCAAACACCAGCCAUACCCGUCAACCCGUCGGCGCAUCAUGUCGCCGCUCUACUGCCAAAGCUACAGGACGUCGACCCUGACAUUCGAUACAUGUCCUUGAACGACCUGAACCAGAUGCUAACGAUUGGCCACCCCACCUUCAUCUCACACGACUACAGCUGUUGCGCACGCGUGGUCGAAGGCCUUCUACACACCCUAAACGAUCAAAAUGGCGACGUACAAAACAUGGCUAUCAAAUGCCUUGGUCCAUUCGUCAACAAGGCUCCGGAAAGCAUCCUUUGCCCCACCUUCGACAAGGUGUCGAACCUCCGUACCGACAACGCUGUCGAUAGCUCAGUACCUGCUCUAGCCGUCAGAGCCAUGGUUGUUGCACUUCCUCGUCCCGCUCCCGCUAUUCCUCGCACGGCAAAGGUCCAAGAAGCAUACUCAGCAGUCAGUCGCGCGCUGAUUCCGCGUCUCGUGGGUUACACUGUCAUCUCCACUGGCAAGAGCUUGCCAGCACCCCCCAAGGGCAUGAUUCAGGUUGAGAUGGAAAAUGGUAUUGACAGCAACGCUUUGGACGUCCUGGUUGAGGUAGGUCGAUGCUUUGGCCCCAUGCUACAAGAUGUCGAGGUGGAGGCGCUCCAAAAGAUCACAACCGAGGUGCUCGAAAACCCUCGAUGCAGUACUGUCAUGAAGAAGAAGGCUGUUACUGCGCUAUCUGUCUUGUCGCCCUACUUUUCCGACCCUCUGCUUGCUUCAGUCGUAUCUCAUGCGAUCGAGAGCCUCCGCCAAUCACACCUCACACCUGCACAACGCCGUCUAUACCUGACCAUCUUCGCUUCGAUGGCAAAGUCUAUCCCUCGCAAAUUUGGCCCUUACCUCAGAACCCUGGCGCCCUUCAUUCUUUCUCCAUUGAGCGAAGAAGAACUCGACCAACAGAAUGAGGAAGCCGCGGAAUCAGAUGAAGGUCGUGAUCCUCAGGUGGAAGAGGUGCGCGAGGCUGCUCUUCUGGCUCUAGACUCGUGCCUUGCAUCAUGUAGUCAAGAUAUGACACCGUACGUCGGUGAUGUGAUCGACUCAUGCCUCCGCUUUGCAAAGUACGACCCCAAUUACGCUGCCGAUGAGGAUGACGACAUGGAAGGGGCUGAAAGCGAUCAAGAUGAUGAUUUCGACCUUGACGAGGACUUUGAAGAGGAGACUGGGUUCGACGAUGAGGACGACGUCAGCUGGAAGGUGCGUCGUGGUGCUGCUAAACUGAUUCACACCCUCAUAGCCACAAGAGGAAGCGGCGACCUGCUCGAAACUGGUAUCCUAUACGAGAAGAUCGCUCCUGCCUUGCUCUCCCGAUUCCAAGAACGUGAAGAGAGCGUUCGUUUGGAAGUUCUUUCUACCCUUGCCUUCCUCAUCAGGAAGACAGGUGAGGCCACCUCGACUCCCAGCCUUCGCCGAUUGUCUUCAGCGACUGGUGCUCCUGUUAGCCGCAAGCGCCGCCGCGAUAGCAGCUUCUCUAGCGAGCGUCCGUCACUCUCUAUGUCCAACGGCUAUGCCUCGCCCUCGACACCUCCUCCGCAAGGCGGUCCUCAGGUCAGCCUGUCCGCCCUGAAUCCUCAGAUUGUGCAAGGAUCUGCCAAGUUGCUCAAAUCAAGCACUGUUCCUACCAAACAUGCUGUCAUCUGCCUUUUGACCGAUAUGGUCACUGCUCAGCGCGGCGGUUUGUCGCAACGUAUUGACCAGGUAAUCGACCCUGUUCUCGACGCUAUGAAGGCUACAGGCAGCACUUCAGGUGGUUCCUCUGUGACCAACAAUGCUGUCCGCAUUGAGUCGCUUCGUCUGCUUCGUGCCGUCGCAGACAUGCAUUCGUCAAAGGUCAUUGACCCAUACCUCAGUAAAAUCAUGCCAGCCUUGACUGCUGUAUCCAAGGAGAAGUUCAGCAAGGUUUCCUCCGAAGCCUUUGACACUAUUCAAGUCUACAUCAAGGCUCUUACUCCUCCUCGUUCCGCCGGUUCCAAGCAGCAGAACGCUACCUACCUGCAACAAAUCUAUGACACAGUCAUCCAGCGUAUCUCUGCUUCUGACACUGAUACCGAGGUUCGUCAGAAGGCCGUGCAGUCUCUAGGUCUGUUGAUUGGCCGUACAUCUGGUCCUCAGGGAUCGGCACUUCUCAGUCAGCAGAGCAGACUAUCCGGUCUUCAGCUCAUCAACGACAGACUCCGCAACGAGCUUACUCGUCUAGCUUCGGUCAGAGCUAUUGAGACUAUUGCUGUAUUGGCACAGAGCUCCAAGGAGUUCACUCCUGAGUGGGUUCGUGAAGUUUCACUUGAGUUGGGCGCUCAGUUACGCAAAUCCAGCAGAAUCUUGCGCGGAGCCAGUCUGACCGCUCUCAAGAGGGUCGCUGCCAACCCUGCGUGCCGCGAAAACAUGGAUGACGAGACUGUGCAAAAGAUUGUUCAACUUCUUCUGCCUCUGAUCCUUGUUGAUGUUGAUCUCCACCUGAUUGGCCCUGCUCUCGUAAUUAUCGGUUCGUUCGCCAAUGAGAGACCUCAACUCGUCUUGGACGCCGAUGUCAUUCGUGCCUACUGCUUCGUGGCUAAGAUGGACCUUACUGGCGCUUCGCUCGACGCUCUGCUUGCCUCUCUUGAAAUCAUCGGUCAAAAGGGAGCUGGAAAGAGCCUGAUGAAAGCACUGCUCAGCGACGUGGGUAUUAACGGUAACCCGGAGCUAGUUGGUCAAGUCAUCGGUAUCUUGCUUGUGGCUGGCGGUGCAUCCGUCGGCGUGAGCCUUGCCGACUUCGAAGCCGAGCUGAAGACUACUGCAGAUGAGAAGCGCAGAUGUCUGGCUCUUUACAUCCUUGGAGAAGCUGGCUUGCGCAUGGGUUCGAAGUUCCCGUACGGACCUAGUAUGUUCAGCUCGUUCUUCUCAACCAACUCUGAGAAGGUCAACCUUGCUGCUGCGGUUGCUCUUGGGCGUGCUGCUGCUGGUAACGUUUCAAGCUACCUGCCUCAGAUUCAGACAAGUAUGGGUCAGGGCAAGCAGUAUCUGCUUCUUCACACGAUCAAGGAGCUCCUGCAACACACUGCUGCCGAGACCGAGGUCAUCAAGUACUCGAAGCAGCUCUGGGACAACAUUAUCACAGCGUCACAAGUUGAGGAUAACAGGGUUGUCGGAGCUGAGUGUAUUGGAAGAUUGGCCACCAUUGAUCCUGCUGCAUACUUGCCUCAAUUGCAGGCGUAUUUGAGCGACCCUAAGCCUACCGUUCGCGGCAUGGUCAUCUCGGCUCUUCGCUACACCUUCUCCGACACCGACCCAUCUUACGAUGUCUACCUGCAACCCAGCAUUGUGCCCAUGCUCACUACCAUGCUCAACGAGGAGGACCUUAACAACCGUCGCCUCGCAUUGACCACCUUCAAUUCUGCUGCGCACAACAAGCCCGACCUGAUCCUGCCUCAUCUCGACACCCUGCUGCCACUUGCUUUGAAGGAGACUAUCAUCAACACGGAUCUUAUUCGUGAAGUGUCCAUGGGUCCCUUCAAGCACAAGGUCGACGAUGGUCUCGAAUUACGCAAGUCUGCUUACGAGACUUUGUACGCUUUGAUGGAGACUGCUUUCGCGCGCAUCCCCAUCUCUGCCUUCUACGACCGUGUACAAGCCGGUGUCGCUGAUGAGCACGAAAUCAAGAUCCUAUGCUGUUUGAUGCUGACGAAGCUCGCCGUUCUUGCACCUGAGGAGACCGUCCGCCGACUCGAGUCCUUGGCAACCGCAUUCAGAGCGGUCCUUGCCUUCAAGCCCAAGGAUACUGCCGUCAAGCAGGAGCUUGAGAAGCUUGGUGAACACAACAAGGCUGUUGCCAAGGUCAGUGUGGUUAUCAACAAGACUUUCCCUGCCGAGACGACUGCAGAGCACGCGCGCGUGUGGAACGACUACUGGGAGUGGGCCAAGAAGGAGAUGGCCACUAUUGUGAAGAGCGCAGAGGAGGAGCUCAAGGAGAAGGACCACUAG